AAGAAAGUAGUGAGAAUCUCUUUCCAUUAAGAACUUCGCCUGUAGUUGUCCUGGUCUUGGAAUCUUCUAUUAACUUCACUGUGCAGGAGAACAGUUUUGUGCGUCCUCAUUGAUCUUCACAUUACUACAACAAGAACAGCAAACUCAAUCUUCGCAUCAUCUUCGCAUCAUCUUCGCAUCAUCUUCGCAUCAUCUUCGCAUCAUCUUCGCAUCACCUCCGCAUUACCGAAUAGGUAAACUACUACAACUACUACUACUCCUAGAAGCUUAGUCAUAAUAUUUACUUGUAGUGGUCAGUUAUCAAUUCAGCUCAUUACUUCAUCCAGGAGUUCUCUAUCAUUACUUCUAGCAAAUAGACCAGCUACAUAAUUACUUCACACUUCAUCUUCAGUACCUAAGUAAAACAACCGGUUAGCUUUCCCUCAUAGCCUUUCCCCACAAGCAAUACAUCUUACUUCUCACUUCAUCAAAGAAAAAUGGCGUUGUGUUUGUCUCAGUUCUAUGUGUUGUCGCCACGUGGGGACACCAUUCUAAUGCGAGACUUUCGAGGGGACGUGGUUAAAGGCACCGCAGAGAUGUUUUUUCGGAAAGUUUCCCUAUUUUAUGGGUGUAGGGAAUUCAUCAUCUCCAAAUGAGUCAUCUGAGAGAGAGAACGAGACAAGAGGACACAGGGACCCAGAUGACCACUGAGAUGAAUUCCAGAUGCCUCUAAUUAUUCUCCGGGGAAGAUUGUCCGCCAACAUUCAACUCGCAUGGAAUAAAUUACGCUUUCUUUUUGUUUUCACCUACUAUUUGUCCGAGACUACAUGAAAAAGUGAAACAGUGAAAAUGCGAAUGUAUCCCCCUCUCCUCACUACUGUUGUUCUAGAUAAGUCAUCUCUCUUUUUGUCUAGAGUCUACGACCUGAUUGCUAGCAUCCCGCCGUUAGGCUAGUAGAAAUAUUGGGACACCAUUAUGAUGAUUCUAACGUCAAUCUCCUUCUAAUCUUGUUACCUUUUCGUGAAGAAGAAUGCGUUGUACUUCGUCUGCACGACGCAGUUGAAUGCGAGCGCCGUUGGCCUGCUGGAGCUUUUGAACAAGAUAUGCAAAGUCUUCAAAGUUAAGCUUCUGGUAGUCAAAUAAAAUGUUAAGGUUAAGUAUGUAUGUAAGUCAAGCUUUUGGCUUUGGUAGUCAACUGCCAACUACUAUAUUUAUGUUAAGAUCAAUAAAAAAGUGUCGUUUUAAUUUGAGCCAGGGCUGAGGCGGGAACCCCUCUAAAUCUAAAUCUAAAUCCGAGCCACUGAAGCUCGUGCUCAAUCUUCACUCUCUGGCAUGAUAAUGAUUACUUAGAACGUAUCAAACGGUAUUCCCAUUUACAGAAGCUUUCACUCGUGCUGGUGUACUAAUAUCUAGACAUAAUUCCUAUAGACAGAAACUUUCAUUUGUGCUGGUGUACUAAUAUGUAGACAAGCACUUCUACUGUAAUGAAAAUUGUAGCCGCGACUGGGUACAAUACUACAACUUGUAUCAGCAACGGCAACCUAUCCUAUCCAAUCCUAUCUUACUGGGUACACUUCUACCUCGGUCUACAACAUUCCUACCCACUGAAGCUCGUGACCGGGCUUCACUAUCUGGCAUGAUCAUGAAUAUACUAUAUGGUCUAAAAAAUACUAUUGCGGAACGCUGACGGAGGAAAGCAUCCGGAAGAAUUUUGUGCUUCUCUACGAACUCCUGGAGGAAAUGUGCGAUUAUGGCUACCCGCAAAUGACGAACACGGAACAGCUAAAAUUACGGCUAUUAUAUCACAUAAGGAAAAUAACCGGCUAAUUUUCUCUCCGGUUAAAGUUAAUUUUGUUUCCCUCUAUUCUUUUUCUUAGGGUUAUCGAUCCCGCCAUGCACUAUGUGUCAACACGAACGAGCUAGAUUAAUAGCGGGCAGAAAAAAUCGCCAGGGAAAUCUUCGGCAGACUGCCGAAUAGAUUCACAUCAUCACAUCACCAUCCCGCGUGGACUACGCUUAGUGGGUCCCCCCUAGAAGGCAAGGGGAUUCUAAGGGAAUGCACUCAACCACGGAUAGUGAAAAACUACCUCUAAGAAAACUCUGCGUUCAUAACUGUGCUGCACCAGUUAAGAUACGGUGACUAUGUACAUGUAGUACUCUAGAGGAACCAGGAGCGUGGCUUUGUACUAGAGCAACGGUGACAUUUCGUACUCUAGAGGAACCAGGAGCGUGGCUUUGUACUAGAGCAACGGUGAGGACCUUGGUUGAUGAAGAAAAAGAAGUUACAACUACAUGCCAAGUCUUCUAUGCAGUUCCACUCUAUCUAGAAAUUCAGACUUUAAAGCGUCCUAGGUAUACCUCAUUACUGCACCUACAAACUCAUGGUGACUGAGGGCGAUCAGUAGUCGUUUUCAAUUACAAACUCAUGGUGACCUCAUGGAUUUUCAUACCUUUUCUUGAAUCUGGCGUCUCGUCUUUGGCGAAUCUUGCUGCGACUGGAGGAGCCACGGCAAAAGUUAUGUCUUUUACAGUGAAUCACUCGGCCUAUUUGCUCUUCUUUGAAGGUACAAAAAGACUGAACUACCUCAAAUCCAUUAGACCAUAUGGAUAAGGAGGGCGCAUGACAUGACAUACAACCUGGCUAAGUAGUUUUUCCUCAUAUUGUCCUAGGUUACUCCCUUCAAAGAAUAAAUGAAAGAACAAGAGGGGAGCGUCCGUGACGGGUAGUCGUGUGGCGUAUUGCUUCCACGGUGGUCAAGAAAUAAUGCCAUAUCAGUAGCACAUAGAUGGAUAGCCAGAAGAAGUUUCAAGUAAACAUGUUUUAGCUAGUAGUCCAGUGGUAGACGCAGUGUGAUGAUCAUGUAACGACUCAUUUCAUGACUCCAAAUACUUUGACGUACUGAGUUUUUUUUUGUGAUUCGCAUCAAUUCUGUGACAUAGAGAUGAAACCGUGACUGCUAAGAGUCGCUUCAGGAGAGAAUGACAAAGCUCCUAGAAGAGAACUCAUAGAAUAACGAGAGUAAAAUCCUUCUUCUAAAAACUGAAUGCUACCGAAUCUUGGGAACGUGGUUCUUCCGAGCUCGGCUAAAACGGUACCCAGUAAUGCCGUUCACAGACCUGUAGGGCCAACGCAGGGCGCAGGGGGGGUUGCGAAGAACGAAAUCUUCGUCGACAUCCUAGAACGCGUCACUGUCUUGAUGAACUCACAAGGGUACUAAUAUACUAUUUUUGCGUAACAAUGAUGUUGACUAGAUGAAAAGUAGACAUUUAUAGCGAAACAAGAGGCAACAUCAUGACAUGACAGAACGACGUGGAGGUAGGUAAUUAUCCUCUUGAUAAUAAAGUACUCACGACGAUUUCUAUCUACCACUCUAAUAUUACUGCUUAUCCUGAACGAUUUGACUGUCAUGGAUUUGACUGUCAUGGUCUCCAUUUUUCUCAAUUUUUGUCAGGCAAUUGUUGAAUAGCUGCGUGGACGGAAGUAUUCAAAUGAAGUCCUAUUUGUUAUGGCUCGAGCUUCGUGGCAAGGAUUAUUUCUUUGAAGCCGUGAAGGAAAUUUUCAACUAAAUAUAGGAAAAUAAUUUUUUAACUCUGCAAUAUGCACCCCGUUUUUAAUUUUUCCGCUGAACACUACCUCACGCUAGGUAGAUGAUUGAAAGUGGAAGGUAGAACUACACAACAAAAAACUGACCUUGAGCUGAUAGAACUACACAACAAGUACUAGACCUUCUUGAGUCUCCUUUGCAGAACAGGAGGCUCUUUUUCAUGUACCUAGUAAGAACUAUAGCGAAAGUGACUGUUACUUCCACCUCAGAGAAACAAACCACAACGAAGCCGUUUUAUCUCCUCCUCCUUUUCCCUAAGUAGCCUUCUUCUUGUAGUUAUAAAGUGUUUACUCCCUUACAAUAAUAUCUGCGCUUCUCUACCCUUUACCUACAUUCCUUCCUUUUUCUUUUCCUAGUUAGUUUGGCUCCACCCAUAUUAUAAAGUGUUUACCGCCUUCGUAAAGUCUUCUUUUCCUUGCUCUCCCUGAGGUCUUCUUGCUCUCCCCAUAUGAGUUUCCCUCUAACAUCUAGUGGAAAUCCGGAAUUGAAACUGGCUUUGAACGAAGAUAUAGCUAUCGGGAAGGACCAAAUCGGGCGGGCGACAGUGGUCUUAGACGACUGCAACUUCCACGAGUGCGUGGACUUGCGAGAAUUCGAUGAUUUGAGUACUUUCUUAUACGCACACAAUUCAUUCUGCUUGAAUCAAAAUGAGGUUGAGUAGAGUUCUUUUGAGAUAGAAGAUCUAGAUUUUUUGGAUUAGAGCAAGAUGUUGAGCAAGAUGUUGAGCUAGCCGAUUUGGGCAGUAUCCAUCCUCCCCUCUUUCAACACUACCACAAUUGGUAUCCCCAAUCAGCUGAAUUGUCCUCCCCUUUCCCGCUAAGGCACUACCUUAGAUCUCAUCUUCCAUUAGCAUUACUAUUAUUACGUAAUCCUAUGUGCUCCAUUGCUCUCCAUUAUUAUCCGCUCUCCCUGAGCAGGAACCUUAUCGUUCUUCUUCUGUCCUUGCUCCCCCUCAGGAACCUUAUCGUUUUUUCCUCCCGAUGGGGAGUUUGCGGUAAUGAAUUAUAGAAUAACUUCGGAAUUUCGAGUCCCUUUCCGAUUGCUGCCGAGAGUGGAGCAAACUUCGAAGGAGUCGGUGGAAUUGUCUUUAUGGUCCUUUUUUCAUCAUGUUCCUAAAUGGCUACAACAGAAUUGGAUUUGAGUUAUAUUUGACCCUGAAGUCGUGGCCCUGUGUUUUUUCUCUAAAGUCUAUAGACAAAAUCACAGGUACUUAAUAUCUUCUAUCACACAUUGUUUCUACAAUUUGUACUUUACGUAGAGCAGGUACAGGUUAGUUUAGUAGUGGGAGUCUACUACCUUCUUCAUUCUAACACUCAUAACCGCAAGAGCGGAACUUCCAGAGCAGAAUUAUGGGGGCAACGUGCAGAUAAGCAUCAAUUUGCCGAGGGGUCAGGUAGCCAGCAUAAACGGGACUGAGGUGUUCGGAAGCGUUGGUGGAAUUAUGAUGAGACUACUAAGUCGUGUUGUAAUCGUUAGACCCUUGAAGGAGUACGCAUUGUAGCAGAGUACUACUAGUGUGAUACAGUUAGUACUGUGUAAUGCUAGUAGUUGAAGACAAGGACAACAUCAAAAUUAUCAACUGUGACUGAGAGAAUCAUAUUUACUCCGUAUCUAGAAAUGCUGACUUUGAAAAGCCCACCUCAGUGUAUCUUUUAUAUUAACCGUAGCCAUUUUGGCUCAAGGUUAGCAGAGGAUUGAAGCUAAUUUUGUCCACCUUUGAGAGGAAAGAAGUGGACCUUGUAUGACUCUUCUGGUCGUGAUUACUUACUCAGGAGUUGUACACUCUGUUCAUCUAACUCGCGCAGUAGUAACAAGGAUGCGAACGCUCCGGAGAGCAAGCAGAACAGUAGUGUGGAAUUCUUGGCGAAUGAAAACCGCAUUGCUUGGGUCCUAAAGAAGUUCGCUGGUGGUUCCGAUUAUGGCUUCUUCUAAUCCAUCUUCGGAAGCAUCUUUGAGACGUUCAGGCAUCCUUUGCAAGGGGAAAUAGACGUUAAGUAUCCUUUGAUGCAAGGGAAAGCGAUCUUCUUAGAGACGCUUCCUUUGGUGCAAGGGGAAAUAAACAGUCUCGUCAGGAUGGAGCUCGAGAUGGAUUAAUUAGGGUGUUGAGUUCUAAUCCGAAGUAACGCUGAAAACCAGGCUUAACUUCACCACGGCUAAUAGCAACUGGAAGGGACAACUCUUAAGAAAUGAAACGCUAGUUCUUUUUAGUAGAUGAAAAUUGUAAUCAAAAUCAACAAAAUUCUAUUGAGAAGAAAACCCCAUCAAAAAUAGGUUCUCAAUACACAGUAGUUGAUAUCAGGUUCCUCUUAAUUAUACUACUUCUUAACCUACAUCUAUAUCCACGGCCGUCCUCUGGACACACUGUUGGAACUGUUUCAUCCCGCCGGUAGGCUUGAAGGACUACUUGGGAUGUGAAUGAAUGAAUUAGGCACGCUACUAGUACCACUACCUUCUAAUAUCAGGCCCAAUCAGUAUGGGUUUCGAGAUACCCAUGUUUUCCGUGAGCAAAAUAGGCGUCCGCUACUUGCGGAUAGCGGAACAGCAUAAGAGCUACAAUCCGUAUCGCUGGGUGCGCUACGUGACGCAAAGUUGUAGCUACGUGUGCCGGAUCUGAGUGGCUGGACGUGAGGGGGUGGGCGGAAGUUCUUGUUACGGGUGCCGGAUCGAAUUCGGAGAGGACUGGGGAGUUACUAGUGGCGAGUCGAAAGAGACGACUUGUUUGGAGUAGAGUUUUGCGUCGUUUUCAAACGGGCACUAGCUAGUAUUUUUUACCUGGUGUGACAGUGAUGCGUGUCCCUAAUUUGACCAACGAAGUGAAAAGGGACGACCCGCAACGAGCUGUGCUGGAUCUGACUUGAUCAGUAAGAGACCGUGCAGACAACGACCUGCUGAGCUGAUGAAGGGUAGUUUUUUAUCUCCUUUCAACUGAAGGGGUGUCCCUUUUCUCGUCCUCUGUUACUCUGUCUCUUCGGAGUUUCCCCUUUCCUUACCUACCUCGUCGGCCCUUCUUGCGGACAAGGCUUAAUGAGGACUACACAGAACGGUGGAAGUACUUUUUUUGACGACUACGCUACACGCGAUUAGUUUACAAGCCGCGUAUGGCACUGGCUCGAU